UGUAUCCUCGGGAGAAAUCAGGGGGUGGGGUGUGUGUGGGGGGUGUGUGGGGUGUGUGUCGGGAUUUGCUGCCUCGAACAGCUUGCAGUCAAAGCCGAGCCCCGAGGCUCCAGGCGGGAGGAGAGAGGCCCGGGCUCAGUUAGGUGAAGGUGCGGGCCGAGGGGCCUGUCAAACCCGCGUCCAGAGAGAAGGUCCUGGAACAUUCUAGAAAGCAGCUACUUCCUGCCCUUCAGAGAGAGGGGCGGAAGUCUCAGGAGAGCGCCCCCUUUCGCCUCUCUGUGACCUGACAGGGGAGUCAGAGUCUUCUCUGGGGUCCGUGCUGCAAAUCUGGGGAGCAGAUAGCACCUGGCUCACUUAGGUCGAGGUGAGGGCUGUGGGAGGACAGAGGAAGCCUGCCCAGGCAGAGAGGGUCCCCCAGUACCCCAGAUCAGCCACCCUUGUCAGCGCUGCACAGUCCAGUGCAGAGCUCUCAGCUGAGCGCCCUCUUCGCCUCCCUGGGACCUGAGAGAGUUACGGCCCUGUUCUGGGGUCCAGGGGUGAGAUGGGGGAGCUGAGAGGGCCCAGGCUCUGUUAGGUCGAGGUGAGACGCUGAGGGCAGAGUGAGGAAGCCCCUCCCCAGCUGCAGGGUCCUACAGUAAUGCCUCCUUGCUUCUGUUGUCAGCGUUGGCCCCAGGGCUGACUUGUGAGGCAACUCCACCCCCCCCCCAACACUUUUUGCUUAGGUCCCUGGGUGCCACAGCCUUGGUCUGCGGGCAGCAGACUGAGGUCGGGGCAGGACAGCGGUCCAGGAAGGAGGUCAUCCCCACCUUAGACCCCAGCACACCUGCAGGGACAUUACACCCUGGUGUGGGGAGUGCCACCAGGUCAGCAGAGGAGCAAAGGUUGUUCAGCAAGAACACAAGGCCAGGAUCUGCCAGAAAUCAAAGUGAGGAACUUUGGUGAGGGCUGAAGAGUCAUCAUGUCUCGGGCUCGGAAGCGCCAGUGCCACAUGCUUGAGGAAGACCCUGAGACCCAAAGUGACACCCAGCGGCUCAUUGAUGCUCGUGUUCCUGUGGAUGUGGAGGAAGAUUCUUCGUCAUCCUCUUCCACUUGCUCCUCCUCUUUACCCUUGUCCACUUGCUCCUCCUUUUCCACCUCCACUUCUUUCUCUCACUCUCCUCUGUUAUCGAGCUCCCCAGAGGAGGAUUUUGCUGUUGCUGGGAGCCCAGUUUUUUCCCAGAGUUCUCAGGGAGCCUGUUCUUCCUUCAGUACCUUGGCCUCUGCUCCAUGCAGCCCAUUUGAUGAGGAUUCCUUUAGCCAAAGUAGGGAGGAUCCAAGCACCUCACAGGUGCUGCCAGACGCUGAGGUCUUAUCUAGCGAUGAGAGAGAUGAGAAGGUAAAUAAUUUGGUGAAUUUCCUGCUCUUCAAGUAUCAAAUGAAGGAGCAAGUGUCAGAGGCAGAGAUUCUGAAUAUCAUUGAAAAUGACAAGCACUUCUCUGUGGUUUUUGGUGAGGCCUCAGAGUGCAUGCAGCUGAUCUUUGGAGUUGAUGUGUAAGGUGUGGACCCCCCUGGCCACUCCUAUGUCCUUGUCACUUCCCUCGGUAUCUCCUAUGAUGGGAUGUUGAGUGAAGUCCAGGGUUUGCCCAAGACCGGCCUGCUGGUGCUCAUCCUGAGCAUAAUCUUCCUGCAGGGCGACUGUACCCCUGAGGAGUAUAUUUGACAAAUCCUGAAUGUGAUGGGAAUGUGGGCGGGGGUGGUGCACUUUAUCCAUGGGGAGCCCUGGAAGCUCAUUCUGGAAGAUUUUGUGCCGGAACAGUACCUGGUGCACCAGCAGGUGCCCAACAGUGAGCCUGCUCGACAUGAGUUCAUGUGGGGCCCAAGGGCCCACGCUGAAACCAGCAAGAUGAAAGUUCUGGAAUUUUUGGCCAGUAUUAGUGGGAAUGAUCCCAAAUCCUUCGGGCACAGGUAUGAGGAGGCUUUGAGGGAUGAAGAAGAGAGAGUCCAGGGCAGUAUUUACACAGCUACUGCCAUGGCCUAUGCAAGCCACUAGCAGCUUUUUCUGCUGAAAGUAAGCUGAGGCCGAAUCAGUGAUCAGUGUAGUGAGGAGCCAGGCCAAGUUUGGGGACAUGUAGUGCAAGUCGUCCUUGUCUUACUCUUCUAUUUGGAUGACUUGGGGGUUUAUCUUCUUUGUAGUCAAAAAUGUUCCUUUCUUUUUUUUGGUACUGGUGAUUGAACUCUGGACCUUGCGUUUGUGAGGCAGGUGGCAGCACCACUGAGCUAAAUCCCCGGCCCCUAAAAUGUUACUUUUAUUACAUGGUUUAGUUCAAAACCUAAAUUUAUAAAUUGUUAGUUGCAUAUUUUGUAUUGUUUAUAAAUUUAAGAGAAAGUUGUGGUAUUAUGUAAAUCUAUUUGGGAAGCCU